GCCGGCUGCAAAGCGAGCGCGAGUGUAGACGCGUGCGGCGCGCUAAAUCUUACUGCGCUCACCCCCGCCAGGCCAGGCCCUCCUAGGGGAAAAAGUCCCAACCGCUGCCCCCCCCCCUUGAAAAAAACGUAAAAUCUUAGACAUGAAGGCUUUGUACGUCCCAAAUUGCCAAUCCCCUCGCCCAGCUGGGUUAGGGGAGUGGAGCCUAGUGAGGAAGAGAACUCGGGAAAAAAGUUGUGCGGGGCCUUUGGAGAAGUUUCAGGAAAGAUCUCAAGAUGGAAACCACAGCGAGGCACAAGACGGGCUUCUGCUCCCACUUGCAAAAAGAGAAAGUCGCGCUCACCUUCCUGCCCGACAGAAAACAACAACACAACAAGAACCCCAAAGAGUGGAAUGACUGAUGUCACAGAGCCGGGCUCACAGGCUGACAAAGGGGAACGCGCCCCUCCCCCUCUGCGCCGCGCGCAGCCCCAGAAUAGGGCGCCGGGUAGCAAAGCGAGCGGACUCGAAACUUUUCCUCUUUAAGAAAAAAAAGUUGUGCGCGGCUCGGAGUGGGUUUUUUUUUCCUCGCCUUCUUUCCUCGUCUCCCCUCCCCCUUCUUCCUUUUGAAAGUUUUUUUCCCCCGAGUUUGACCGCAUGGCUGAUUCAACUUCAGUGUCAAUCAACUUUUUUUUCCUCCUCUUCCUCAUUUAAAUAAGUUUAAAGCUCCUCCUCCCCCAGAUUAACUUUAUAAACUGGGCUUCGCGCGCCGCAGCCCGAGAGAGUCAGAAAGGCUAGGGGCGCAGGGAGCAGGCGUGUGGGAUUCCAGACGCGAGAGCCGGAGGCUGCGCCUUCCCCGCACCGGGACCUUCGCGACACACCAGAUCCUCGUCCCUGCCCCGUACGAGCACCCACGAUGACCACCACCCUCGUGUCUGCCACCAUCUUCGACUUGAGCGAAGUUUUAUGCAAGGGUAACAAGAUGCUCAACUACAAUACUCCCAGUGCAGGGGGCUGCCUGCUGGACAGGAAGGCAGUGGGCACCCCUACCGGUGGGGGCUUCCCCCGGAGGCACUCUGUCACCCUGCCCAGCUCCAAGUUCCACCAGAACCAGCUCCUCAGCAGCCUCAAGGGUGAGCCAGCCCCAGCUCUGAGCUCUCGGGAUAGUCGCUUCCGAGACCGCUCUUUCUCAGAAGGGGGCGAUCGGCUGCUGCCCACCCAGAAGCAGCCGGGGAGCGGUCAGGUCAACUCCAGCCGCUACAAGACGGAGCUGUGCCGCCCCUUCGAGGAGAAUGGUGCCUGUAAGUACGGGGACAAGUGCCAGUUCGCCCACGGCAUCCACGAGCUCCGAAGCCUGACCCGCCACCCCAAGUACAAGACGGAGCUGUGCCGCACCUUCCACACCAUCGGCUUUUGCCCAUACGGGCCUCGCUGCCACUUCAUCCACAACGCUGAGGAGCGCCGUGCCCUCGCCGGGGCCCGGGACCUCUCCGCUGAUCGUCCCCGCCUCCAGCAUAGCUUUAGCUUUGCUGGGUUUCCCAGUGCCGCUGCCACCGCCGCUGCCACGGGGCUGCUGGACAGCCCCACGUCCAUCACCCCACCCCCCAUCCUGAGCGCUGAUGACCUCUUGGGCUCACCCACCCUGCCCGAUGGCACCAAUAACCCCUUUGCCUUCUCCAGCCAGGAGCUGGCGAGCCUCUUUGCCCCUAGCAUGGGGCUGCCUGGAGGUGGCUCUCCGACCACCUUCCUCUUCCGGCCCAUGUCCGAGUCCCCUCACAUGUUUGACUCUCCCCCCAGCCCUCAGGAUUCUCUCUCGGACCAGGAGGGCUACCUGAGCAGCUCCAGCAGCAGCCACAGUGGCUCAGACUCCCCCACCUUGGACAACUCAAGACGCCUGCCCAUUUUCAGCAGACUUUCCAUCUCAGAUGACUAAACCAGGGUAGGGAGGGACCCCCUGCCCACUCCAGCCCCCCCACCCCAUACCCACAUCCCCUACCCUCACCUCCCUACCCUACCACCCCUACAUUAACAAGAUUAAGCUCAACCCCUUUCCUCCAGAACCUUGGAAUGCCCCUCCCUCUUCCCCCUUUUUAACCCCUUACCAUGAGGACAAGUCAAUUUGUCAGUAGCUUCUUCUGGCUUGAAACCCUCUCCCCUUGAUUUUAUAGCCCACUUACCAUGCAUAACAGACAAGUCCCAUAUUUGUCAGUAGAUGCCUUUUUUUUCUGGCUUAAGCCUUAAGUGCCAAAUCACAAAAGAAAAAAGCAGUAACAGUUUACAGAAGCAACUUAGUGCCUUGUAAUCUAACUUUGUCACUGUGACUACAUUACCUCUUCAGCGCCAGAGGGCACCCGUGGGCCUCCCGGAGCCUCUGCCCAUGGGGAGGGGGGAGGGGGAGGGGACCCAGGACCAGCAGCUCCCUCCACUGGCGAUGCAACUGCACCUUCCCUUACUUCGGUCUCCCACACACUUCCUUCUCCCCUCUCCCCAGUAUACACCCCCCUACACCCUCUUGGGAGACUUGUUGCCAGACUUGGGUUUUUGGGGAAACGUAUCUUGACAUUCAAAACCUUUUUCUUCCCGAGCUGAACCUCUGUUGACUGAUCUUGCCUGGGUUGGUGUAGGUCUACAGGAAGGAAGACUGAAAAAGUGGAUGAAGAUUGUGACAUAAGUGGGACUUUGUGAUUUCUUUUUUUUCUUUUUUUUUUUAAGUGGGGAGGAAGGGGAAGCUAGAUGGACUAUGAGAGACUUGAUUUUGGUGCUAAAGUUCCCCAGUUCAUAUGUGACAUCUUUCAAAAAAAAUAACAACAAAAAAAAGAGAAAAGCUAAAAAAAAAAAAAUGUAAGGGGUGAGAGUUAAUGGUAUUCAUUCCACAUACAAUAUCUGUGUAAAACGAUUUCCCG